AUUUCUGAAAUGGCCGAGUUCGACGCGCAGUACGUCCACCUCGUGCGCGAGGGCUUGUCGCGCGUGGCCAUCGAAGCGCGGCUGGCGGCCGAUGGCAUCGAGGACGUAAGUGGUUUCUGGCAGGCGAUCGCGCAUCAAGCGCUCCUCGACGCCUGCGACCCGACGCAGCCGAUCGACCAAACGUGGCGCCGCCUGUACCCGUUCCAGUACUUUGAGCCCAACUACGCGCUGCCGCCUCUGGCCUCGCCCAAGACGCCAGGGUAUCUCCGCGUCGUGGUCAUCUCGGACACGCAUGGCUUGCACGGCAACAUGGACGCGAUCCCGGAUGGCGACAUCUUGCUCCACGCCGGCGACUUUACCGACACGGGCGACCGCGACGAGGUGCUUGCAUUUAAUGCGUUUUUGGCCGCGCUGCCGCACCGCUACAAGGUCGUGAUUGCCGGCAACCACGAGAGCACGUUUGACAAGGCGCACUACCCGAUGCACUGGCAACGCUACGGCACCCGAUGCAACGAGCUCGUCAUCAUCGAAGGCUAUAGCAUCUACGGGACGCCGUGGCAGCCCGAGUUCUGCAACUGGGCGUUCAACUUGCCGCGGGGCAGCGACGCGCUGCGCGCAAAAUGGGCUGCGAUCCCCGACGACGUCGACAUUCUGCUGACGCACACGCCACCGCUCGGGCGCGGCGACCACGUCGGCAUCAGCAACGUCGGCGACGUCGACCUGCUCCAGCACGUGCAGCAUCGCAUCAAGCCCCUGUACCAUGUCUUUGGCCACGUGCACGAAGGGUACGGCGCCAGCUGCGACGGCACGACGGUCUUUCUCAACGCGAGCAACUGCGACGAAGACUACAAGGCCAUCAACCCGGUUAUGGUGCUGGAUUUGCCGCCGCGACUGGCCGCGACCGCCGACACGGCGCACGCGUACCACACGAAAUUCGCCAGCCAAACGCAGCAGAGUGCGAAUUUUGCACUGCGCCGGUUCCGGAUCCAGGGCACAAGCGGCGACCAAGUGUUUCAAGAGGCGCUGCGCACGCGCCCGAUCAACCGCGGCAACGCACGCGCAAUGAAGUACUGCUUUCUCGAGAAGGCCCACGAGCAUGCGGUGCCGGCGCCGCCAGCUCCGAUCGCGCCCAACUACAGCGUCGCGACGACCCGCGUCCGCAAGCUGGGCAAGAGUGUCUCGGUCUCGGUGCUGCAGCCCGACACCCUCGGUCCGCUGCCUACCAUCGCCACGACCGACGCGCCGCCGCGCAGAGGGUUAGGGGGCCGCCGCCUGAUCAGCAAGAGCGCGGGCCUUGCCGUGCUGCCCGAAGAAGACGAGCUCAAGCAAGACGCGCCGGCUCCGACGGCCGUCGAGCCGCCGUGCGUCAUGUGCCAGUAUAACGUCCCGGGGCACGUGCACAAACCGUCGGCGCCAGUAGCUCCAACGCCGUCGGUUGUCGCCGACGCGCCGCCUGCCGACGACUGCGUGCUGUGCAAAUACAACGUGGCGGGCCACGUGCACCCGCGGUCGGAUCCGCCACCUGCACCCGCGCCGGCCCCGACGGUCGCAGCAAGUACGACCGAGACCGCGCCAGGUACGUCACCACGCGCCUCUUCUUCCAUCGAAUGCUCAGAGAUGGUGCAGAAGGCGAUCGCAGCGCACGCGGCAUGA